AUGAAUGAUAAUAAUAAUAAUAAUGAUUAUUGUCUUACUCAUAAUCUAUCCACAUCUGAUAUAAUCAACACUGAUGAUGACGAAGUUAUUGAAAUCAAACAGAUAGGUGAUAAUGAAAUGGUAAACGAAUCAAUUGUUGAAAUGAAUGAUCAUUUCAAUAAAAUCAAUAAUCAAAUUAAAUACAUACAAUCCAAUCAAAAUUCAAAGAGAAUACAAUCACCAUUACAAUCUAUUACAAGUCCUAUUCUACUAUUUGAUUUCGAUAAUGAAAUCACAGAUCAUUUGAUAGAUUCACAUCAACCAUUAUGUAAUUUUAUUGAUCCAAUCAAAUUACAUCAUGUAAAUGAUAAUUCUAAUCGUGGUAGCAUAGAAACAAAAUUAUAUCCAAUAUCACCGUAUUUAUCAUCCACUGAUAGUUUAAUAAGUAUCUAUUCAUAUAAUAUUAUACCUUAUAAACAAUCAUUAGAUCAAAUAAAACCACCAUUUUGUUAUGAUCAUUAUGAAACUAUAAAUGAUCAUGUUACAAUAAUGGAUCCUAAUCAAAUUGAUCCUAUUCAUAUACAAACUUCUACUCCUAUUCAUACUACUACUACUACUACUACUACUACUACUACUACUACUACUACUCUCUACUACUACUACUACUACUACUACGACGACGACGACGACGACAACGACUAG